CAAACACCUCAAAGCUUGCAAACAAGAAACUAUUCGAUUCCACCAAUUUCCCCCCUUGUUACUGCGAGCAACACUUGAGCAUAUCGAAAUGAGCUUCUAUUUUGCUAUUGUCGGCACAAAAGAUAACCCAAUUUAUGAAGCCGAAUUUGGGACCUCAAAGCAAGGUGGCGAUGGCGUAGCUCGAUUCCGCGAAGAGCAACGUUCUAUGAACCAGUUCAUCGUCCACUCGAGCCUUGACAUAGUUGAGGAAGUCCAGUGGGCGACUCCCACAAUGUACAUGAAAUGCGUUGAUAAAUUCAACAAUCUUCAAGUCAGUUGUUUUCUGACCGCCGGAAAUAUCAAAUUUUUAUUGCUCCAUGAUCAGAAAGCGGAUGAUGCAAUUCGUCAGUUCUUCACAGAUGUGUAUGACCUUUACACAAAAACACUUAUGAAUCCAUUCUACGAGGUCGAUAUGAGGAUCACUAGCGGGGUGUUCGAUGGAAAGGUUAAGCAGGCUGCCAAGAAGUACCUGUGAGGAGUUCUUAGUAACAUCUGACGAUUCAUUGACGGUUCAUGGCGUUCUCGGAGCUUAGGUCAAGUUAUAGAUAUGAAAUCGACCAUAUUUGGGAUAUGAUCAACUAUGGGAGCCCAGGUCUCGAUUCUCCUUGAAGCAAGGUUUUAAGCGAUUCAUGUAUUAGAAUACUGGCCUUUUUUUUAAAGUCUCCGGAGUGGGAAAAAAAUAUGUGAUUCAAUUAUAGUGUAACUGAUCCCUUCACGAAGACCAGAAUUUGCAGAAACAAUCAUAACCUGGGCCCAAGUACUGGCAACGCACGUUCCAGAGGCUUUAAAAAACAGUUUGUACGAUGUACGAGUACAGUACACGACAGGAGCUUAAAUACCCAAUCUCCGAUUUAAAACCGACAAAACAUUCGGCAAUUAUACUCACUCAACGAGACCCCUGAUGGUUUAAAAGAUAUUAAGCAUCUUGCUUGGCUACGUUAAUUUAAGCACAAAUCGUAUCCCAUCACCCUUCGUACCCAACCAAGCUAACUCCUUGGUCUUCAGUAUCGCUGCUACUAUCGCUGUCC